AUGUCGCAAAAGAUCUUUAUUACUGGGUCAGCUGACGGUCUAGGCAGCCUAGCAGCACAAGCACUUGUGAAAAAAGGACAUAGAGUCACUCUUCACGCUAGGAACGCCCAGCGAGCACAAGAUGCAGAGAAAGCUUGCCCUGGGGCUGACGAAGCUCUAGUGGCUGAUCUAUCUUCUCUGGAAGAAACGAAGCAGCUCGCAGAUGAGCUAAACAACAAAGGGCCAUGGGAUGCCAUUAUUCAUAAUGCCGGUGUGAUGCGAUCUGGUCCAAUAUUCGCAACAAACACUUUAGCACCAUACGUCCUCGCAUGCCUGGUACAGCCGCCACCAAAGCGAUUGGUAUUCCUUAGCUCUAUGCUACACCAAGGCGGAGACCCAUCUCUGAGAGACAUCCAAAACUGUGGAUAUGGCGAUUCGAAACUACACAACACAAUGAUGGCGUUCGCGUUCGCCAAGAGAUAUGGUCCAAAGGGGGUUACAGUCACGAGUCUUGAUCCGGGUUGGGUUCCUACGAAAAUGGGCGGUGCUGGAGCAACUGGAGAUAUCCAAGCCAGUGUAAAAUCCUAUGUCAGUCUAGCUGAGGGAACAGCACAAGGUGCAUGUGGGCAACAUUGGUAUCAUCAGGGUAAGAAAAGUUUCCACCAAGGAGCGGCGGAUGUACAAGCACAAGAGAAGCUGCUGAAGGAAUUGGAGAGCAUUUCAGGCGUGAGCAUACCUGCUUAG